AUGGCACGUCAGAAAAACAUUAAAUGUCGAAUUGUGGAUCACCAUCGCAUUUUUCACAAGUACCUUCAGCCAGGAGAUCUACUCUUUGGUGGUCUGGUUGGUCACACCUUUUUUGUCUGCAGUCCAAAAAAUUUUGAUGAACCACCAACUCCAAUGUACUAUGAAAAAUACCAGGUUAUAACUCAGAACUACCAGCAUAUCCUGGCCUUGGUCUUUGCGGUAAAGGAAAUCAAUGAAGAUCCCCAGAUCUUACCCAACAUCACUCUUGGAUUCCAUAUCUAUGAUAGUCACAUGAAUGCCAGGUGGGCCUUUCGUUCUGCAAUGCAACUUAUUUCUCCAAAGAAGCAUUUUCUCCCCAAUUACCAUUGUGGUACUAAAGACAAUCUUCUUGCAGUCAUUGAAGGACUUGACAUUGAAUCCUCCCAUCAGAUACCAAAUAUUUUCAGCAUCUACAAGUCACCUCAGCUAGAGCUUAAGCACUAUGGCAGUGAUGAUGUUCUGAGAGUUGCUAAGCAGGUCUACCGUGGUGCUUUAUCCUUGGCUGUCCAUUCCAAUGAGCUGCCAGGAUUUCAGCAAUUUAUUCAGGACAGAAAGCCUUCCAAUCCAAAAGAUUUUUUUAUAAGGGACUUUUGGUCUUAUGCUUUUCGCUGCACCUUGCCCAACUGGGUUGUGAAGUAUAGAUAUAGUGCUGAACUCUGCACUGGACUGGAGAGCCUGGAGAACCUUCCUGAAAAGUAUUUGGAAAAAAGCAUUACUGGGCACAGCUACAGCAUCUAUAACGCUGCCUUUGCUGUUGCUCAUGCUUUGCAUGCCAUGUUUUCAUCCAGAUACAAGCACAGAAGAAGGGUGGAGAGGGAGAGGCAGACAUUUCUGACUCAGCAGCCAUGGCAGCUCCUCCAUUUCCUGAAGCAAGUAUCUUUUAACAAUAACGUAGGGGACAAGGUUUCCUUUGACCAGAAUGGUGUGUUUCUGACAGAAUUUGAUGUCAUCAACUGGGUAUUAUUUCCAAACCUGUCUUUUAGUAGAGUACAAGUUGGAAUGAUCAAUUCUCAAGCUCCAGGAGAUCAAAAAGUUAUUAUGAGUAAAAAUCCCAUUGUAUGGCAUCGUUGGUUUAACCAGGUGCAACCUCUCUCAGUGUGUAAUGACAAGUGCCAGCCUGGUUACAGGAAACAAAAGAAAGAAGGGGAGCCCUUCUGCUGCUAUGAUUGCAUUCCCUGUCCAGAAGGCAAGAUUUCUGAAUCAGAAGAUAUGCCUGAAUGUGUUGAGUGUAAAGAAGAUGAUUACCCAAACAAGCAUCAGAAUACUUGCAUCCCCAAAAUUGUAACCUUUUUAUCCUAUGAUGAACCUAUGGGGAUGGGUUUAGCCACCAGUGCUAUUUUCUUUUCUCUGAUCACUGUUCUCUUGUUAAGAACAUUUAUAGUGCACCACAACACUCCCAUUGUCAAAGCCAAUAACCGGGACCUCACCUACACACUUCUCAUCUCCCUCCUGCUCUGCUUCCUUUCUACCCUGCUUUUUCUUGGGCAGCCUCAAAAAGUGAUGUGCGUCCUGCAGCAAUCGGUGUUUGGCAUCAUCUUCUCAGUGGCUGUUUCUUCGGUAUUGGCCAAAACCAUCACUGUGGUUCUGGCAUUCAUGGCUACCCAACCAGGAACAAACAGGAGAACAAAGAGGACCAGAUGGAUGGGGAAAGGACUGGCCAGUUCCAUUGUUAUCUCUUGUUCUCUCAUUCAAGUAGGCAUUUGUACCGUGUGGCUGGCAACCAGUCCCCCAUUCCCAGAUGCUGAUAUGCACUCAGGAACAGGUGAAAUUACCCUGGAAUGUAAUGAGGCAUCCCCCAUCAUGUUUUACAGUGUGAUUGGGUACAUGGGCUUUUUAGCCAUUGCCAGCUUCAUUGUGGCGUUCUUUUCAAAGAAUUUGCCCGAUAGUUUCAAUGAAGCUAAAUUCAUCACUUUCAGCAUGUUAGUAUUCUGCAGUGUAUGGCUGUCAUUUGUCCCAACGUACCUGAGUACCAAAGGAAAAUACAUGGUUGCUGUGGAGAUUUUCUCUAUUUUAGCUUCCAGUGCUGGAUUGCUGAGUUUCAUAUUUUUCCCCAAAUGGUACAUUAUUGUUCUGAGGCCUGAACUGAAUAACCGAGAACAUCUUAAGUGGAGAAACCACUGA